ACAGAACUGAGUUACCUUAUGUACAAUAACUAUUGUUUAAUUCCGCAAACUGACGAAUUGUUGUAGUUAUGGUGACGCCUAUUGGAAAAUAUACUUUAGAAAAUUCAUGUAAUAAUGGUCAUCUGGACAAAGAUGAUGAUGAUGAAAAUGAUGAUGAUGAUGAAAUCAGUUUAAGUUCUGAUGAUGAAAUUAAAUUAAAUAAUGGUUUAGAUAGAAAAAAUUCACAAUCUGUUUGGUUUCGUGCACAAAAACGUAUUAUUGGUCGAGUUUUACAAAAUGAUCAAUCUAUUAAAUCAAUAAUUGGUAAAAGAGCUUAUGAAUCACUUAAAUCAUUACGUUCAUUAAUGAAAUUACAUAUAAAACCUGAAAAAGAUGUAAAACAAUUAUAUAAAUAUUUAAUUAAAACAAUUGGAAAAAUUGGUGUUAUAUCAAAACAACAAAAUUUAACUGAAGAAGAUUAUACAAAUAUCAAUGAAAUUAAAGAGAAAAGUCGUACAAUUGGUCUUACAUUAAUAAGUUUUGCACAAACUGAAUAUACAUAUAAUUAUAAUUUUAUUAAAGAACAAUUAGAUGAUUGUAAAGAGAUUAUAUGUCAUGCUGUAUCAUCAUAUUUAAGUCAAAAAUCAAUUGAACGUAUUAAACAUGUAUUUAAUGUAUUAAGUUCAAAUGAAUUUCUUGAUUCUGUAUAUGAUGAAAAAGCGGAUGAAAUAAAAAAAGCACAUCUUCAUAAUUUAAUUAAAUGUAUAAGUCUUUUAUUAGAACAAAUUAAAUAGUAUAUUAUUUUUUUAUACAAUUUAAUUAUUGAAUCAAAUAACUAUUUGUCUAUUUUGUGAUCUCAACAUUUAUGAUAUUUGUAUACAUUAAGUUACGAAUUAUAUAUACAUAUGGGUAUAGGUAAUGAUUUAUAUAUAUCUACUUAGGAGUUCAGAAUGUUCAGUGAUUCCUUUUUUCCCCCAUAUUAUUCACAUACACACUUAUGUCUACCUAAUUUUGUUGUUGUUGCUGUUGUUGUUGUUGUUUGGAAACAUGCUUAUCUUUCUAUGAAUGAUUAUUUUUAUUCUGAUACCAUGUUAUGACAAGUAAUUGUGUGUAAUUUGAAUGCUGCAUAGUAUUCAUACUCUGAUUGUAUAUUAUUAAUAAUGAAUAUAUAGUUUAUUCAAUUUUCCCUUCUUUAUACUUUUGAUUAUUUUUUUUUCUCAUUUUCUAACAAAAAUUACUUAUUAUCUAUGCAUGAACAAGAGAAAAUGACACGCAACUUUUUAUAUAAAUUUUAAAUAAAUAAAAAUUCAAAUUGUA